CAGUGUGUGUGUCAGUGAGAAAGAGAGGAAAGGAGGGCGGGAGAGUAAUAGAAGAGAGAGAGAGAGAAAAAGAAAGAGUUCUUACUCAUUAAGCGAUCGACCAAGUUCAGCUAAGCCCACACACUCUCUCUCUCUCUCUCUCUCUCUCUCUCUCUCUCUGCUGUACACACGCUCACACAGCGGUACACACACAUCGAUACAGACACAAACAGAAAGCAGAAGUGGAGAGAGGCUCUGGAUUUGGGGCGACGUGGUUGGUUAUGGCUCAUGGUUCUGACAGUAGUGAUUCCAGUUAUGGCAAAACCCCUUCGCCAGCGAGCAGCAGGCAGGGCUCCUCAGACAACAUAAAGAAAGUCAUGAGAAGAGAGAAGAACCGUAUCGCUGCACAGAAGAGCAGGAUGAGACAGACUCAGAAGGCAGACAGUCUACACCUGGAGAGUGAGAACCUAGAGAAGGAGAACGCAGCACUGAGGAAGGAGGUGAAGAGACUAACAGAAGAGGCCAAGUAUCUCUCCUCCGUCCUGACUACCCAUGAGCCUCUCUGCAGCGGCCUGGCCCCUCAGACGACUCAUGACCUCCUGUACUCCCCCCACCACCACGGGAGCAGUGCCUUCCACCACAGUAUUGCUGUGUCUCACUAUCAGCACUGAUUGCCACAGACCAACAAGGGGGACUGGAGAGAAGCUGGAGAAGUUUAGUGACCUUGGUACACUGUGGCACCCUACUUCCUUAGUAGUGCACUUCUUUUCACCAGGGCCCUAUGGGUCAAAAAGUUGUGUACUAUAUAGAGCCACUUGGAACAGGAUGUGUAGAGGAUGGAGUAAAGACUGGCAUUUUGAAACGUCACAGAACAAGCAGCACUUAGGAAAUGUUUAAAAUAACUGAUUUUCUUAUUCUUGAAAAGAUGACAAAAGGCAGUCUGAUUUAUAAAAUGACUUCCAAACCUUCCAAACCUUUAUGACGUCACUGUAGAAUCAAUCACACGGACAAUGCAAAUAGUCCAUGUCUAACUAUAGGAACAGAAAACCAACAUGAUCACGAUACCAGAACACCAGUUUGUGGAAAUGUUUCUUGUCCUCUAUUCAUACAAAGAUGAAUGAUAAAAAUGAUUCAGUUUUAUAUGUUUACUUUUUUUCUCCAUCUUUUUUUCCCCCCAUAUAUAACCUUUGACCCCUUCAAUCUUGGAGGGUUGCAGUGUUUUUGUGCAUUGCUCUUGUGUCAGUUGUAGAUUUGACCUUUUUUAAAUAUUUGAAGUAACGCUGAACUGUAUCACUGUUUCAACAUUUUUCAACAGUUUUGUUAUUUUAGUGUUUAUUGGCCUAAAAAAAAGUGUAAUAGUGUAAUUGUUUUACUGGAAAUACUCAGGAUACAAUCCCACAUCGUAGAUGAUAACAACAGGUUAUUUGUGAUGGAGGUCGAAGAGCAUGUGAUAAAUUGUGUUUUAAUGACUCCAAUGAUGUUGAAGAUAUUCUUGUCGAAAACAAAAAAAAUGCUGCUUUUCUAUUUUGAUACCAACAAAUGUAUUAUCUGAAUCAUGUAAGUUCUUUCUGACAACCAGACAAUCACUUUGAUAACGAAAUCAUCAUGUGAAUCUGUAUGGUCGCUAGGUGGCGCUGUGUACCUGUAAGUAACGGUAAGGUACGGUAAAGCAUUGUCUCUAUUGUCAAUCUGUGUGGUCGCUAGGUGGCGCUGUGCACCUGUAAGGUACUCUAUUGUUAAUCUAUAUGGUCGCUAGGUGGCGCUGUGUACCUAUAAGCAUUGUAUGCUCCAAUAUGAGUGUUUUUCUGAUUGACAGGACUUACACUGUCUAGGUUACCAUAAGUAGUAUUGUGAUUGUACUUUUUAAAUAUUUUCUGUUGUAUCGAAACGUGUUUUUUUUAUAUAUAUAUAUAUAUAUAUCUAUAUAUAUGUUGUCUUACUGCACAUGUAGAAAUAAAGUUAACGUUAGAAAAAAA